AGCUUUUACGUAUGCAGCACGCAUACCAUGAAUUCAAGUGGGCUUUAAAAAUAAGUAGUUUUAGCUCUCUUCUUUAAAUCCAUGAUGGACUUUAUACAAUAGUUUAGUUCGAAAAAUCUACUUUAGAAAGUUCACUUUUAGUUUAGGAUAGAUUUGAAAGCUUUUCCCGAUCAAAAGGUUGAGGAACUUGUUGUUGACUGAAGACAAAAACAACGAAGCGUAUCAAAAUUUAAAUGGCAAAGUAUUCUAUACACGUUAUUUUGGUCUUCGCUUUUCUUGGAGUCAUCAACUCUGGGGUUAUAGACAAGAUGAAUGGAAAGAAUUUCCAAGAUUCAUUCAAGAAAAACGAUGAAGCGAGUGUGGAGGAAAAAGCUGGAUUAUUUGAAGGGGAUAUUGUUAUGGACGAUAACAUGAAGCGCGCAUUGAUUGGUGGAAAGAUUUCGUCACGUGAUGCUAUAAUAAAUCCGGUUUACCGCUGGCCCAACGCGAAAGUUUAUUAUACAUUUCAUUCAAGCAUUAGUCUUUAUGCAAUGUAUCAGAUCUUCUUGGCUAUGAAGCACAUCGAAAGUCAAACUUGUGUGAGAUUUGAACAUUACUCCGAACAGCCAUAUACAAAUUAUGUAGUCUUCUUCAAGGGAAAAGGGUGUUAUUCCRGAAUUGGACGUAACCCAAUAGGACGUUCUCAGAGAAUAUCUAUCGGAAGAGGUUGUACAGGCGUAGGUACAAUAGUCCACGAGAUCAUGCAUUCUCUUGGAUUUUUCCACGAGCAGUCUAGACAAGACAGGGAUAAAUUUAUUAAGAUUAUUUGGAGUAACAUUAUGAAAGAUCAUAGCCAAAACUUCCGCAAGUACUCCAGACUUCUUGGUACAAAUCUUAGCAAGCCUUACGAUUACUUGAGCGUUAUGCAUUACUCAAAGUACGCGUUCAGUAGAAAUCGCAAACCAACCAUAAUUCCCAGGAAGAAAAAUGCAGUCAUUGGCCAACGAUUUGGACUGAGCUAUUAUGAUGCCUAUCAGAUUAACAAGCUCUACAAUUGUCACCCACUUUGUAUUGACAAGAUACAUCCAUUUUUCUGUGAAUACUACAAAAAUAAAGGAUAUUGUCACUAUACACACCUCGGUAGAGAUGUGGAUUCACUUUGCAGAAGGACCUGUACCCACUGUGGACACUACAGUCACUCCUACAAGUAGUCAUGUCACCCAACGGGAAUAUUUGAUUUCUGGUAUUUGGAGCUAGAAAAUUCUAUAAAUUCUUUUUUCCACUGUAUUUGUUUUAAUUUCACUACCGUUCAUCAUUAUUUAUCGUCUAUUUAUAGAAGGGGGUUUAGGGGAGGAUACGGAUGACAUGCGUUUUAGACAACUGGAGAGGAUUAACUAUAGACCCCUUGUAUUGAUUGACUAGAGGAAUUGUUAGGGGGAGUAAAACAAUAUAGUGUGUGCGAUUAUGGGACUCAAAAUCUCUUGAGAUAUGCAUGAAUAACAAAGGAAUGGCAGCCAUCUUGGUUGAUCUAACAAGAAAAGCUAAUGAGGAACGCUUUGUUAUCGUCAACCAAGAUGGCGACAAUGACGUAACAUGCACCUGCUCUAUACAGUGUGUGCCAACCAUGUGACUCAA